GGCGCCCGGCACGUCGGCCCGAACAGGCUCUAACGAUCUGCCGACAGCCGACCCACGACGACGACGACGACGACAUUCUCUCGCGCUCGCCACUCGGGCGGCUCGGCAGUCGGCGGCCGGCGCUCAGUCUUCAGUGCGGUGUCGUGUCUGCGAUGUGUGCUGAUGGGUCGUCGCCCGUUGCAGAUCGCACGGGUUGUGCAUCGCUUGUUUCCGUUUAUCGUGCGCGGCAUAGAUCGUCGAUGCUGAAAUAUUGUACGCCGACAUUGGUGAGCGUCUAUGGUCAUUAUUUAAUAACCGUGCGUAACCAUUGCGGUACGCGUGGCGUUUAAUAAUUGUCCUUCGCGCCGUCUUCGAACCGAAUGGGCAAAAUAAUUGAUGGUUUGAACUUGGGAAGAAAUUAAUUUGUAGUAUUAUAAGGCGCCUACAUUAUUAUAUUUUGUUAAUUAAGUCUUCAAUUUGUUUCCUGAUUUUAUCACAAUGAUUGACUGGUACGUGAAAUUAUUAGUAAACCAUCCACGUAAAGUAAUAACAACUGUGGUGUUAUUAUGUAGUACCACUAUUCUUAUACCCUAUUUUAUUGGACGCUUACCAGAGUUUUCACAUCCUGAACUUGGUUUUGAGACACGUGGUACUGAAAUUGGUAAUCGUCAAGUUACUUGGGACAAUUUAAUUAAAGCAUUAGAAAAAGGCACAGAGAUGAUAGAUGAUAUUACAAGAAUACCAACUAAUAUAUUACCACAACAGUAUAAAGAUAUGGACUACAAAAAAAAUGAUGUUUUAGUUAAAUAUAAGAACUUGAAUUCUGAUAUGGAAUCUACAAGUACAGAUUUAAAGAAAUUUCUUCCUCAAACGUCUCCAUUGGACGAUGAAAUAUUUGAAGAAACUGAAAUGAUGACUCAACGGAAUGAUAAAAAAAGGCGAAAGAAUAGAUUAGAUUUUUUUUGUUCCAAACCAACAUAUGAUCAUGCAAGGGUGGUAUUUACACCCAGUGACGGUAAACAUCUUUUUACAUACCAAGCAAUCAAGGAUAUGUGUCUUAUACAGGAGAAUUUAGAAAAUUUGGUAGCAUAUAAAGAUGUUUGUGAUGUACAAGACCAUGGAUGUUGCCCACCAUGGUCUUUGGUUAACUAUAUUACGUUGUUAAGAAAACAUAAGUCUUGCUCAGAAAUUACACCAAGAGAUAUUAAUGCAACAAUGACAAUACUUGAAGGAUGUACUCAUUUUUAUCAUGACAAUAAGUUAUUCGAAUGGCAAACAGAUCAUACAACAAUACCUCGUCAAUGUGUUCAAUUUAGUGGUGUUUAUAAUUUAAUGCAUUAUCACUUGGAUGUAAAUUUUAUGCCACCACAUGCUUCAACUAAUGUCUUAACAAGUUCAAUGAUGUUUUUACCAUUUGGAAAAGGAUCAAUUGUCCAUGUAUAUGAAGCAAUGAAAGAUGCUAAUUUAUCAACACCAUUAGUUAGAAUUUCAGCAAUUGAUUUUGGUAUUAAAGAAAAGUUAUUUGAUCUUGAGCUUGUCAGGGAUAUAUAUCUUAUUUUCCUGAGCAUCUUUUUCAUUAUGUUAUGUGUAUUGUUUUACACUUGGUCAAUAAUAAUUACAAUUGUGACCCUAUUGAAUAUACUAUUUUCCUUAUCCGUUUCCUAUUUUAUUUAUACAUUUGUGUUUCAAAUAAACUUUUUUCCAUUCAUGAAUGUCCUUGCCAUAAUUGUACUUAUUGGAGUCAGUGCAGAUUCAUCAUUCAUCAUGUGUGAUGUGUGGAAAGUAAUCAAGAUCAACGACCAGGCUGGUUCUUUGAUUGAUGUAAUUUCUAAGACAUUAAAACAUUCAUUACUAUCUAUAUCAUUAUCCACAACAACAACAUUUUGUGCUUUUGCGUCAUCAUUUCUCAGUGCUAUAAAUGGAAUUAGUUGUUUUAGUAUUUUUUCAGCUAUGGCAGUUUUUGUGAAUUUGUUAAUAACUGUAAGUCUACUACCAUCCUGUAUUGUACUUUUGAGCUCAAAGCACAGGCAUAAUAUUGUGUUAUUCGAAGUUGGGCCAGUUAAUAAACUACUUUCAAUGGAGAAAAUGUUACGUGGAAUUCAAACUUCUUUUAAUGCAUGGUUAUUAAAAAUUGUGUUUCGCUUUCGCUGGGUGUGGAUAAUAUUAUUUUUCAUCCUGGGUAUUUUGAGUAUAACUAUAAUAUGGAUAUGGCCAGGCAUGAAACUACCAGAAUCUGUGGAAUUUCAGUUGUUUCGAGAGUCUCACCCAUUUGAACAAUAUGAUUUGGUAUAUAAAAAUCAAUUCUGGUUUGAAAGAAUUUUAAGGAUUGAUAAUAAUCCAGAAAAUCGUGUUCCACUGCGCUUUGUCUGGGGCGUGUUUCCCAAUGAUACAGGUAAUCAUUUGGAUCCAGAAGAUCACGGAAGUUUAGUCUAUGAUCCAAACUUUGAUAUAGCACAUCCAAAGUCUCAAAGUUGGCUAUUGCAGUUUUGCGCAAAUUUACGUUUACAACCCUUCUAUCGAGCUGUUGGUGGACCACAAAUGACAAAUUGUUUUAUGGAAACUUUUGUUAAGUGGAUGGGCCAUGCUUGUGUAAAUAAUCUUGAAAAAGAUCGAUGGCCAUGCUGUAAUUCUUUUGAGUUUCCAUAUCCGAGAAAUAUAUUUCACUUCUGUAUUAUGAAAGCUAUGUACAUUGUAUAUAAUACACCAGUUUCCAUAUUUGUCCCAUCUGCAGCUGGACCUAAGUUUUCAAAUCCAUUAUUUCAUUCAGAAAACCAAACACUCAUGCCAAUCAUAAAAGCUGUUGUUGUAGAGUUUGAAAGUAAUUUUAUUUUUACUACAUCCUAUACCGACAUGGAACUCUUUUAUAAACAAGUCGAGUCAUGGUCAUCUAAAAUGAUGGAAACUGCUCCGCCUGGCCUCAGAAACGGUUGGUUUUACAGUCAUCUUGGCUUCUAUGAUCUUCAAAUGACAUUAAUUGAAGACACUAUAACGUCAGCUUUUAUUGCACUUUUUCUUGCUUUUACCAUAAUGUUCUUCGUAACUACAAGUAUUUCAUUAACUGUAAUUACAGUGCUCACCAUAUUUUUUAUUAUAUGCUCUACAAUUGCUAUGUUAGUUUUGAUGGGAUGGCAUCUCAAUGUCUUGGAAUCAAUCGCUACUUCUGUAGCUAUUGGUUUAUCUGUUGAUUUUAGUCUACAUUAUACUAUUGAGUAUCAGCUGGCUUGUGAAGAUUCACCAAGAGCAACAGCCAUUUCAAAAGCAUUGUCCUUAAUGGCUUGUCCAUCAUUAAUGGGUGCUAUCACAACUGGUGCUAGUGGAGCAUUCAUGUUGCCUUCAGAUGUUUUACCGUACGCUCAGCUUGGCAUUUUUUUGAUUAUUAUAAUGUUUAUUAGUUGGUUCUACUCAACUUUUUUCUUAGUAUCACUUUUAUCAGUAUUUGGUUCAGAUUAUGAUCAUGGUCCAUAUCCAUAUCGUUGUUGUAAGAAAUUACGAAACAUCAAUAUGAAUGAAAGACAAAAGAAUCGCGUAAGACACGCUUCUCCAUUUUCUAAUGUUGCCUCAGAAUCAACUGUAUCGUGUAUAAGCACUGCUAUUGUUAAUCAAUCUCAAGCUCAAGAGUUGGAAAAUUUAACUGUUCUCCCUGUCAAAUUCCAACCUUCUAACACACGAUCUGUUACUUCAUGUUUAUACUUGAAUGUUGAUGAUAAUGAUAUGGUAAAAAAAAAUGAAACUAAUGCCAUACACAUUUAACAUUUAUCUAUAGUUAAGUAUUUUUGUUUGGUACUUGUGUGUUACUGUAACCCAGAAAAAACAUGGAAAAUGUAAUUUUAUUAUUUAUUAGGUACCUAUCUAAUAUUAAUAAACUAUUUUUAAUCUCAUCACGUUCAUGAAAGAUUUGGCCAGCGCAGACUUGUGUAGGGAGUAACUACUUUAACUAACCUUACACCCGUUAGAUGAACAUUUACCCCCAUCUCCCCAAAGGGUGGUAUACAUUUACCCAAUACUCCCCCAAUCCUUGAAGGGCAUUCUUUGGCGGACUAUCUAUUUCCAUAUUUCCACCCCUAAGUUUAGCUGCACCAUAAGACCUUGAGUUUGGCGACAAGAGCCAGGAGGCGCAAUGGGCAACUACUUAUCAUACCUAUUUGAAUUAUAUAAUAUGUUCCCACCAGCACAUAUAUAGAAGGGCCUGCUACACAUAAUAUUAAGACAGGUUUUUUUUCUGGGGUAUGAUGAUAUACAAGCGCCUAUUGUUUUAUAUGAAAGACAAAUUAAUAAUUAUAAUUACAGUAUGGCUAUAAUUAUUAAACUGCUUGUGCUCAAAUGAAUGUUCAUUAGUUAAUAAUAAAUAUUGACUUUAUUAAUUUGAGUAAAUAAUUCAAAUGAUUUAUGGUUAUAAAAUAUUUAGUUUGUUAUUAUUAGUUUUGAUCUCUUUGUUUGUAAAAUUAUUGAGUUUUUAUUAUUAUAUGAAAUUUUUGGAGUUUUAUGUUUGAUGGCUUUAAUAAUAUGCUAUGGUUUAUUAUUAUAUUAUAUAAAUAUAAUAAUAUAUAUUUAUAUAAAAAUGAUUUUAUUAUAUUAUAGAUCAACAAUGUAAUAGCUAUUAUAUUCAAAUACAAAUUAGUAAUUAAACUUAUUGUAUUCAAUUAUAUUUAUAAUUUUUAAUCAUAAAAGACAAAAUUAGCAUACUUUAUAGUUAUACCUACAGUUAUAUUAUGUUUAUUAGUUUAUUGUAAAAUAAAGAUAUUCCUAAAUAUAUACUGUAAGCAAGUCCAUUUGACUGAAAGGAAAAGAGAAAUUAAUUGUAUUUUUAAAAAAUAUUUUUUGGCUUCUAAAAAUAUAAAUUACUUUUUUAAUCAUAAGUCUUACCUUUGCAAUUUGUAUAACUCUAAACUUAAAUGUUGUCGAAUUAAGAAGUAAUUUAUAAGUGAGAUUGAGAAAUAUAACUAAAAUACACAACAUAAUUUUAUUAUUAAUUUAUUUUUUUAAUGGAUAUAAUAUUUAUUCUAAUUGUUAUUAAAAGGAUGUCAGCGCAUUAAUUGUUUUCUUUCUCUGACCCACACACAACAUAGCAAAUUUGUUUUCAGCAGAACCAAUAUUGUGUUGCUAGGCUUUAGUAAUAGAGUAAAUUAUCAAAUUUUAUGUUAUAAUAAUAUGUGUUUUUACGUUGGCUUAUUUAUGGUAUUUAAAUUUUAAAGCAAGAUAUGAGCAUUAUUAAACUGUUGGUAGGUACCUAACAUUUUAGUAUUUUACCCUCAUAACUCGCGUAAAAAUUGAAAUAUUGUAAAAGGGCCUACGUAAGAACACAAUAUUAUAUAAUGUUCUUAACUUUAAGGUCAAUUCUCUCUGAUACUCAAGCUAACAAUACAAGGUUGGUUCUGCUGAUCGCAAAUGUGAUGUGUUGCGCGUGGAGAAAAACCCUAGAGAAAACAGAUAGUGUGCCGACAUCUCUCUUAAUAAAAAUUAUUUACAAUGGCAGUGGCGUGCAAUAUUUUUCACUGUAAUGCACAUAAAAAAAAAAAAAAAAACCAUUCACUUGGAGGCACAAACAUCCAUUUUUGCAUAGUCUACGCGACCGCGCUGAUAUAGGUAAUAGCGAUAAUGUUUGAUGCCUCAUUUCAAGCACAACAAUUAUUUUUACAAUUUAUGAGUUGCGCCACCACUUAAUAUUUAACAAUAUAAUAAAUAUUGCUCAUUAGUAUUAUGGUUGUGCGAAAUAAAUUGUUAACAGUAGGUUGUAGGUAUAUAAUAGUAUAUUUAUGAAUGUUGAUUGAUUUUCUUUAUUGUUUAAAAUAUACAAUAAUAUUGCAUUAUUAUUGCGUUAAUUAACUAGGUAUAUUAUAUAUUAUAUACUAUAAAUGUAUCUAUAUUAAUUAUUAAUUAUACAUGGAAUUUAUUAGUAUUAAAUAUUCUGUUUCGAUGAAAUAUUGUUUGGAACUUAGAAUAGAAUAAACGAAUACUUACAAGGAAGUAAAUUUGGUUAUUGCAAUAUUUAUUUGU